UCUCUUUUUCUAGCCUUAAGUUGCCUAGUAACUAUUGCCGUUUGAAGGGAACUUAAGCCCAGCACUUGAGAGGUCGCCCUCUCAAGUAACUAGUGACACACGGCGCCUGUUAAAGGCCGAAGGCUGGUAUACAUCCGGUUGACUGAGAAAGAAUAACUUAAGAUAGAGAUCACUGUACUUUACAAGUACAACUUACUCUUUGUCUUUUACCCUUUUGUUCAAAAUCACCAGAUCCAAGUGAAAUCUUUAGUUAUUAUUAAUAAUAUUCAUUUUAAAAUGUUGAUAAAUGAACUGACCGACGAUUGUUUGCUCGCCAUUUUUGACCAAUUCGAUAACCUGUAUCAUUUAAUAGUCUGUUUUAAAGUUUGUGUUAAAUGGAGCCAUUUAAUUGUUAAACGAGCUAAAAAGGUUAAAUAUUUUAUAGCGAAUCGAUCUCCUUUACCUAAUUAUUUACCUGAUUACGUUUAUUAUAGAGACAGAGAUCUGAUUGAUGUAGCCGGUUUGAGCUCAUUAUUAUUUCCAAAUUUAAUAGUUGCUGAAUUUUCUGAUAGAUUCCAAGAAAAAGUAUAUUGUUCCGAUAUUGAGGCAUUCGUCAGAAAACAUGAGCCUUUGAAAGGAAUGAUCACUUCAUGUCGUGUAGCAAUGGAAGAAUGUUGUGAUAAACUCGAAAUGCUAGCCACCGAGUGUAGUGAGCCACGCAUUCUACGAAAUUGUUCCAGUAUGAAACAAUUGAGUAUUUUUGACUAUACUCUAGAUGAUCUCAAAGAGGACGUACAAUGUUUGCCAAAUCUUGAAAGACUACAAAGGAUCCUUAAUGGUGAGUAUAUAAUAUUUUUUCAGAAAAUAUUCACUUAUAAAAAUCCAUCUUGCAUCUUCAGGCAGUUUCUCAUGUCAGUAUGA